AACCUAAGGAUAUUCACAGAAUCAAUAUAAGUUGUUGGGCGUCUUUGGUGCCUAAAACUCAUCUUUUACUGACCAAACUUGACGUCUCUGCCGGGUCAAGGGUUGGAAUUUAUUUAUCUCCCUUCCUCAAUUCUCCAAGAACUUGGCAUAAUCUCAUCGCUUGAUAAUCGAAAAGAAAAACACAAGCCCCAUUUUCCACAGACAGGUUGCUUGCAUAUCUAGGGCCUUUUUAAAUCCGCAACCCCAUCCAGACCGUAACAAGUGAUCGCAAAACCCUCUACUCUCCUCUGCCUCCCUCUACCUACUCUCCCUCCUCCACCCCCCACUACGCGACACAAUCCACCGCCGCUCAACACAUCAAAAUGGCGACACCUAACUCUUGGGAGGACGAUCCCGCUGCUCAGGAUGAGAACCUCGCUCAGCAGGCUCAGCAGCAGCUUAACAUGAACAACCCCGCCCCCGCGCAAGGAGGCUUCCGACCUGGCAUCGCCUCUUUCCAGCCUGGUGCUGCUUCAUUCCAGCCUGGCCAAGCAUAUGGAGGAUAUGCACCUCAAUACCAGCAGCAGCAGCAGCAGCAAUACUAUCAGCAAGGCUACUACCCUCAAUAUGGUGCUCAGCAGGGCUACAACCAGUACAACCAGGGUUAUGGUGGUUACAACAACCAAGGCUAUGCAGGUGGUGGCUAUCCCCAGUAUGGCCAACAACAGCAACAACAACCUCAGCAGCCCGCUGCUCCCACGAUUGCUCAACGGCCUGCCGCCGAUGCUCCCGCUGCUGCCCCCAGUCAGCCUGCUGCCGCUACCGCCCCUAAGCCCAAGGUGAUCAGCAUCAGCGGCGAUGCUUCCGGUCCCAAGCCCAAGACGAAGGUCCUCUCCAUCUCAGGAACCGGCGCUGCUACUCCCGUCAAGCAAGAAGAACCCCCCAAGGCUGAGCCUACCGAUAAGCCCGAGGCUGGUCAGAAGGCCGCAGCCGUAAAGGCCAUCGAGAAGACAGGCGAGAAGGCCGGUAAGGCUGCCACCGCUAAGACUUCUGGAAAGACCUCACCAAGCCCUGGCUCUGGUCGCAACAGUCCCACCGCUGGUGAGAAGAAGGCCGCCGCCCGAGAGGUUGAUGCCGUCGAAAAGGAGCAGGCCGCCGAUGUCGACCAGGAGACUCUCAAGGAAAUUUACGGCAAGGAGCACGUCAACAUCAUCUUCAUGGGACACGUUGAUGCCGGAAAGUCAACUCUUGGUGGUUCGAUCUUGUAUGCUACCGGUAUGGUCGACGAGCGAACCAUGGACAAGUACAAGAGGGAGGCCAAGGACUUGGGCCGCGAGUCUUGGUACCUGUCAUGGGUCAUGGAUCUUAACAAGGAGGAGCGAACACAAGGAAAGACCAUCGAGGUUGGCCGUGGUUUCUUCGAGACCGAGAAGCGUCGUUACAGUAUCCUCGAUGCCCCUGGCCACAAGAUGUAUGUCCCCAACAUGAUUGGAGGUGCCUCUCAGGCCGAUGUUGGUAUCCUGGUUAUUUCCGCCCGAAAAGGCGAGUACGAGACAGGUUUCGAGAGAGGUGGACAAACCCGUGAGCACGCCAUGCUGGCCAAGACACAGGGUGUCAACAAACUCAUCGUUGCCGUUAACAAGAUGGACGACCCCACCGUGGAGUGGUCUCACGAGCGAUACCAGGAGUGCACCACCAAGCUCGCUCAGUUCCUCAAGGGCACUGGCUAUAACCUCAAGACUGAUGUUUACUUCCUACCUAUCGCCGCUCAGCAAAUGAUGGGUAUCAAGACCCGCAUCCCCAAGGAUGUCGCUCCCUGGUGGGAUGGUCCCGCGCUGCUCGAGUAUCUUGACAGCAUGAAGGCUCUUGAACGCAAGGUCAACGCUCCUUUCAUGUUGCCCAUCAAUGGCAAGUACCGUGAUCUUGGUACGAUGGUGGAAGGCAAGAUUGAGGCUGGUGUUGUCAAGAAGGGUAUGAACAUGAUCAUGAUGCCCAACAAGACCAACGUAGAAGCUGCUGCCGUCUACGGCGAGCAGGAAGAGGAGGUUCAGCUAGCUCAGUGUGGUGACCAAGUGCGAAUAAGGCUCAAGGGUAUUGAGGAGGACGAUAUCUUGCCCGGAUUCGUGCUUUGCUCGCCAAAGAGACUGGUGCACACUGUCGCUGAAUUUGAAGCCCAGAUCCGUAUCCUGGAGCUCAAGAGUAUUCUGACUGCUGGCUUCAACUGCGUGCUGCAUGUCCACUCUGCCAUUGAGGAGGUAACAUUCGCAGCCCUUCUACACAAGCUUCAAAAGGGAACAAACCGCAAGAGCAAGAACCCCCCUACACACGCCAAGAAGGGCGACAGUAUCAUCGCUCGUAUGCAAGUGAUUGGCGGAGCAGGCGCUGUGUGCGUGGAGAAGUUCGAGGACUAUCCCCAGAUGGGUCGCUUCACCUUGCGAGACCAGGUAGGCUUUAUUCACCCCCAGCCCCAACACACCCAUUCCCCAUUCUACUGACCCCAUACUUUUGGGUGUCUCGUCCCCAGAUGGCCAAGAGACCACUGCCGUUAAGGCGUGGCGGCAAGAGUCAUAGGCAGUGCCUCAAUAUUCGGAUAUCAGAUAGCUAAUAUGAUAUACGCACAGGGACAAACCAUUGCUAUCGGCAAGAUUACGAAGCUCAUCUUCAAUGAGGCUUAAAUGAAUGAUGACUGUUUUCGAUCCGCGCACGAUUGCGAUUAUGUGAGACCAAACAGGUCACGCCAUGAGCAAAAAUACAGGGGACAUUUAAUGGACAUUCACCACCAUCUUCUUCACAAAUCAUCACGGUUUCGACGGCUUGGCGCUGGGGAAGUUAUGGGGUUACCAGGGACGCGGUGCCGGAAUUGUAUAGGAUGAUAGGAAGACCGCUUGUGUUGCCGCCAGAGGGACAUUGAAAAUGACGACACGAAAGAAGAGACAGUAGGCGAUAUUAUGAUGGAUGCCGUACAUUCUCUGUACUUCAAGUGUAUAUAGACAGGCAAGUGAGAAAACAAAAAAGGAGGAUGACGGGAAUCAUGAUACACUAUUUGCCUUGCUCAUGUGUGGUAUGGAUGGCGUCUUGAUGUAGCAAAUAAACCCUGACUAUCACACGUUCAAGAUAAAUGCUAUCUCUUGAAAGAGAGCUAAAAGCCAAACGUUGGGAACAAAGCUGUCUUUGAAAUAGAUAGACGAAAAGAACGACGUCCAUACAAGGGGACAGGAAACAUGGCAUGUGUGCUUAUAGUAGCCAUUCAUGGCGGUGAGACACAUCCAGGGUCAAAGCAACUGAGGUAAGAUCAUGAUACUGAGACAGGAGAAAGAAAAGUGAAAGAUGGACGAAAACAACAAACCGAGAAGUUAUCGUCCACCUGACGUCUGAGUCGAGAGGCAGCCCAUGAUUAGAGGAAAACUCAGAACCGGUGAAUCAUGUAAAGCACAGGCUCGGCAAGAGGAGAGAUUUCGCCGUCGUCUCUUUUGACACCCCUUAGAAAUCUGCAUGAAGUCACGAUAAUUGACAAU